GUUUCUUGUUAUUUUUAAAUCUCCUUCAUGACAUCGCUUUGAUGUCUUGGCCCAAAUAAUCUCACGGGACUCAAACUCACGCUUUAAAAAAAGAAAAAAAAAAGAAAGUGUUUCUUGGCUUACACUUACAGUGCCUUAAAAUAAUUUCAAGUCUGGGGCUGAGCUGUUCGUAUUCAUCGUAGAACAUAGAAAGCUAGAAUUCAUCGUAGAAUAUAGAAAUUUAGAAGAGUAAAGCGUGUAAGUAGCGACGAACGUAAAUCAAGAAUGCUCGUGUGAAUAACAAUUUAUCAUUUCCUAAGGCGGACCGUCCGUUAUGAUAAUUACCGCCAUCGUUUCUCCUUUCGUUUUCUCUUUUUAACUUCUUCACUAACUUCACAACGGUAAAUAAGACGUCGUCUGGCGAAUGCCCGUUACAAAAAUGUUAGUUAUUGAAUAGAUUACUUCAGAUUAUUAAAGUAUAAUAAAUUCUGAACUUAAAUUAUCUUCAAAGUAAUAUCCUGUGCCUAUACUUAUACUUUUAUUGACUCUAGAAAUUAUACUAAUAGUAAUAGUAAUAGUAAUAGUAUUGGUAAUCUACCACUUGAGCGCGGCCAAGAAAAAAUCCAGUUGUUCCAUUUGGAAGGGCUAUUUAAACAACUAUUCUUACAUUGGAGUCUGUUAAUAUUUUUGCUUCUGUAUAGUCUAUAUAGCACAAUAAUAAUACAUUUAAAUAAUUAUUACUGCUAAGCUACCGAUAUGCCAGGAAGAAAAAGAGACUACAAAAGUGCCGAUGUCCGAAAUGUUUGAUACAGAUCAGAUACGAAAUGAAGAAGAAUGGUGGCUGUCCACACUACUGUUGAAUUUGUCAGACCCCUUAUUCAGCAUCUAAGAUGGUGCAUUAGCAAAAUUAUUUUUUUUGAUCCAGAUGAUGCGGAUGUCCACACACAGAAUGUGGAAAAUGUGGAUGUUCAAAAAGCGUAAACUGAAAAGACAGUUUGGCACAAGCCGUGAUCUUUCCCCUUCAUAUUUACGUGAAUUCAUGUACCACAAUAGAUUUCGUGGAACUUAUAUUUUUUAAAACUUCAUGUCGCCUUGGGGGAGAACUAUACAUAAUUUCAUUUUCAAACAUUAAAUAGUUUAAAUUCUUCUAUUUCAAAUUUUUUAAAAUAGUUUUUCUAUAAAAAAAAAAUGUUCUUGUGUAUUUGUAUUAGUACUAUUAUUAUGGGAAUGAAUACGUACAACUAAUGUAAUUAAAAAUAGUAUAAGAAUAAUUAUUUAAAUAGCCCUUCCAACCUGAACAGCUGGAUUUUUCCUUGGCCGAUGCUCAAGUGGUAGAUUACCUAGAAAUUAUAGGGCAGGGCUAUCGGCUAUAUAGUCAAUGCCAUGGACAGACUACAUAGACCAGUGGUUCUCAACCUUCCUAAUGCCGCGACCCUGUAAUACAGUUUUUCAUGUUGUGGCGACCCUCAGCCACACAAUUAUUUUCGUUUUACUUCAUAACUGUAAGUAUAUGUGUAUUCAGAUGGUCUUUGGUGACCCCUGGGAAAGGGGUCGCAGCGACCCACAGUUGAGAACCAAUGAUAUAGACUAUACUAUAGGGUGACCAAAUCAUGAACUGGAAAAAACGGGACACUUUCAUGGACGGUUUUGGGGGGUGGGAGAUACCCUCCAGUUUUAAGAGGGCGCCUGGGGCCUCCGCCGGAAACUGUUGAUUGAAAUAUGCUCAUUUUAACUAUGAAAUCUAACCUAGAAAUCUACUUGGGGCACUCAGUCUUUUCCUUUGUCAUGUGUUUCACUGAUGUUAUGUGUUGUUGUUUUAUGUCUGAACGUCCACAAUCCACAAUGACUAAUACUAAAAACGUUAUUGCAAACUAUGCACUCGGCUUCACUUUCAUAGGUCCCUUUUUUAAAACUUUUUUAAUAUAGUUCCACUCUUUGGAAUACUCCUCCAUAAACUUACAUUGAUGCUUGGGCAUAAUUAUUGUCUACAUGAGAAGAUAAUAUAAAAUUAAAGAAUAAAAUUCAACACCAAAAACAAACAACUGUCACUCUGACACGAACAGAUGGACAGGCCGGCAGGGAUCACACACAAGAAUAACACAUUACACACAGCAGUAGCUGAAUCAAAAAUUGGUUUCUGCGAAGUAACAUCCCCUCCCGACUUCAAGUCUCGUGUCUUUAGCUAUGGUGGAGGGGGAACAGAGCAGCCAUCAUGCGAGCCCACAUCGAUACUGGCACAGCUAGCCAAAAUAUUACUUGAAGUUAUAUUAUAAAUUAGGAAGUUUUAGUGAUUUGAAAAUGUGUUUGGUUUAAAAAAACAGGACUUUUAGGCAUCCGGGGAGACUUUUUCGGGACAACGAGUACGAUCGUGAAAAAACGGGACAAUCGGUCACCCUAUUCUAUUACUAUUACUUAUUUAUAUUAAAUUUUAAAUUACUAAAUGACUAAAUUAGGACAAGUGGAAUCACAUAUCACUGACAGGCAAUGGCAAGGACAUGACAAAAGACAUAAGCAAUAAUAAGUAUAUGAAACUUAGAAAAGAUAAGUUUCUCUUACUCUUUGUAGUAUUAGUCUUAGACUUUUAGUCUAAGGUAAAUGCAAAGAGAAUGUACUACACUCUACGGAAUACUCAGUGAGAGUGAGUGGUGAGAGUGACACAUUCACAUUCAUUUUAUUCAAAGAGUUAGAAUUCCUACUACGAGCUACAGUCUUAUUGAGUGUACUCUAGUCUCAUGACACACUUAUUUACUAUGAGGCUGCGGCUAUUCGGACCAGGGUAUCAGAAGUGAGAGUUUGGGUUUAUUAAAAAAUAUUUAAAAUAUUAUUGUAGGGUUUGUAAGACAAAAUUAGGUAUCAAAUGAAAAAUAAUUGAAUGGACUAUUUUUUUGUAAACUUACUUCUUUAGUUUAACUAAAAUAAACUACCAUAAAUGACAUCCCAAUAGCAUUUAUUCUAAAGGGACCCGGACACCCAUAGCCGCUAUUCGGACCGGGGUCCCUUUAGACUCAAUGCCUUGGGGAUGUCAUUUGUGGUAGUUUAUUUUAAUUAAAAUUUAAAAAAUGAGAGUUCCUGCACCUUUUCUCUUACAAAAAAGCACAGAUUAUAUUACAUACUUUUAGCGCACACUUGAAUCUUGACUACCAGUAGUGUGACAUAAAUAUUUGUACCAGUAAAAAGGUCCAUGCUAAAUCUCUAUUUUAUUAUUACCUGCUACCUAGCCUUAGGCCCAGGCCUAUAGUUUAUAAUAAUUAGGCCUAUAAUAGUAUUAAUAGCUAGGCCAAACGGUCUAAAGUGAGUCGAUUCCAAGGUUGUAGACUGGUGGUAAAUCCCCAGCAAAAGCCUAGACCAGCACAAAAAAAAACAUCACCAGCAUCCCAGGUGGAUGGGACUACCUAACCUUGGAUGGCUACUCGUCUAAGAGAAGGAAAACUCUGAAUUCAAACCCAGAGAUGGAGUCCCGUUGGUGGUAUGAAAUUGACACAAUGAAAAUUCCUGCAACUCCUGUGACACUUCUGGUGCCAAGCAGUAUCAUCCACAUAUGAUGUUUCCUUGGGUUAUCCAUAUGCGUGGAGAGAGUUAAUUCGUUGUCUAGGGAACCAGCUUAUCCUCCUAAAUAAAACUCCCAAGCCUUGUAGUUUCAGCCUGCAAAGUCUACACCAUUGUUACAUUGUGACGGAUGGAUACUAAAAUAAAAAAAAUAAAUCUAAAAAUCCUAAAAAUUAAAGAACAGGUAAAAGUUAGGUUCUAAGCUCAAAAUGGGAAAUACUGACACCAGGAUUUAAUUAGUAAAUAAGUGCAAACCUGCACCAAUGUUUCUUCAGCAAACAUUUAUUGGCAAAUAUGAGUGAAUUUAUUGCUCAUUUAAUUGCUGUAUAAUUGUCUUUUACUUUGCCAUUUCAAGACCAUCUCAUUGAGAUUAUCUCAUUUUGCUGAUGCUCAGAAUAUCCAGAUAGUGGCAAUCUUUUUCCGGGAGAAUUUUAGCCAUUUCAGUUUAGAAUUUGUACAGAAUUUUAUGGUUUAAGAAAUUUUACUGAGUAAACUUGAGUGCCAUCAUAAUGGGUGACCAUAAUUUUUCUGAUGCUAAUUUUUAUUAUUAUUUUUUUCAAAAAUUGUUUCUGUAGCUGUUUAUUGGUUUAAAGCCCAACACUUUUUCUUCCUAAGAUUGGCUUGGGACCAUUCAUGGCAGGAGUUUUAAGUCAAAUUACUUUACAAGUGUAAAACAAAACUAUGUCUUUGUAAAACUGUUACAUUUUUAAUAUAACUGUAGUCAUGGGCGCCCGCAGGUAGGGGCAAGGUGGGGCACUUGCCCCCCCUGGAUUGAUUGGAUAAAAAAAUUUUAGACAAAAAUAGACAAAAAAUUUAUUAAAGUAAAGAGAAAAUAAAGAGAAAGUAACUAAGCUGAUGUCCUGUCCGUUCGUUCACCAUACAAAUACGCUACAGUAAAUUAAAACUAUAUUAAAACAUUACUAAAAUUUUUUUGACCCCCCCCUGGAAAGUUAAUCGAUUUUUUUUAAAAAUGUCUUUUCUACAAUAUAACUUUUUGCUAUAUCUGACUUUAAAAAAUUUGUGUAUCUUCACUUUAAUUGAUCAGCUAUGCAUCUGAAGAAUUCUGACAAUGUAACAAGCUUUGCAUCUGACGUGAAAGAUGGUAGGGUUCAAUCCACAUGAAAGAGUGCAUCUUGCAUCCACAGAAUUUGCAUUUGCUGGAGCAGUUAGUGGAGCAGCCUCAAGAGCUAUUUCUCAACCAUUGGAUGUUAUUAAAAUAAGAUUCCAGGUUAUGUAUAAAUUAAGUCUAAAUUUAAAUUAGUAUAAAAUAAUUUUUUGAGGAUCUUUCAGUUUUAGAUAAGAAGAGUGAUAAGAUAAAUGGUCUUAAUUAGUAAUGUGAUGUCACAAAUAUGCAAAUAUCUGUUUACCAAAAAGGGCCACCUCAUCUAAAAUAGUCCUGGCAGACUUCAGUACAUGUAUUUAUAAUAUCCUAGUUACAUGAUGUGGAAAGAUGCCAUCAAUAUGCUUGUUUAAAAAUAUUAACAUUUUCUACCACUCCUCCCAAAUUGGACUACUUGAAAUACUUUUAGUUUUAAUUAAAAUUUUGAAUUAAAUUUUAGAUUAUUUCACUGCAUUAUGCACAAGUGAUGCAUAGAAAAAUGCUAUAUCAAAUCAUCCUUCUCUACAAUCUAAGCCUGUUGAUGUGGUAAACCCAUGUGGUAUAUCACAAUAGUGUGGUUUGAGACAUACAAAAAAUAAUGGUUAUUAAACAACAAACAAACUCAUCGAAAUAGUUACAUCAUAUCAAGUUAAUGAGAGCUUCACAGCUUGUUAAAAAUUUAUGAUGAAUCUGCUGGGUCAUUGUGUAAACAUUGACAACAUAUCUCCCAAAAUUGGAGCAGUGUAACAAAAAUCACAAGAAGUGAUUGAUAUAAAACAUCUAUCAUAUGGGUAGCAUUUUUUAUUGGCAGAAAUAUUUUCUCUCCCCCCAAAAUAAAGUCUUAACAAAAAUGUAAAAAAUAAACAAACUCAUUCAGAUAAGUAUCUCUUCCACUUUGCUACAUUUGUCACUUUUAAUGUUUACUUAAGGCUAAGGGUCAAGAAGUACUUAUUUAUUAAUAUUUAAUUUAAUAAUACGGUUCAUUUCCCCACUUAGCUCAGUUACUGGUAAUCAAAGUCACUGCUUUGGUUUGCAAGAAGGAGUUGCAUUAGUGUGCUUCUUUUGGAUUCUCAUAAAAUAUAUCUUAAAUUUACAGUUACAAGUUGAACCCCUGAAAAAGACACCCACCUCAAAGUAUUAUGGGAUAUUUCAAGCAGUUAGCUGCAUUAUCAAGGAAGAAGGUGUCACAGCUUUAUGGAAAGGGCAUGUCCCUGCACAAGUUCUGUCUGUUGUUUAUGGAGUUGCACAGGUCUGUUUGAGACUUCACUUGUUUGACUUCAGACUUGAAAUGAAAGCUUAUUAUUACAUUAGCUCAAAAUCAGAAAAUAAUAAUUUUUUGUUGCUAUCAAUACAAUUAUAAUAUAUUUUACAAUUUUUAUAUCAAACAAGUUAACUUUUUAAGAUAAAUUUGAAAAGGGUGUUGGAGGGAAGGGGGGUCUGGAAAGUUAGUAGGCCAGGCCAAAGGUUUUUGAGUAGCUAAACUUACCCCCCACAUGCUGAUAUUAAAUUGUGAAUAUCUCACUUUCAGUAUUCAACUUUUGAGAUCUUAACAGAAAGAAUUUGGCACUAUCUUCCUGAAAUUCUUACCACAACAUAUCGACCAGUGACUCAUACCUUGUGUGGUGGGCUAAGUGGUUGUAUUGCCACAGCUUUCAUAUUUCCAGUUGACUUGAUAAGGACCCGAUUUGUUGCCCAAGGAGAGCCAAAGGUACUGCUUAGGGGACACCAAUAAAGGACAUCCCCAGAGACAUUCAAAAGCUGACGCAUGUGCACAAGGGGGGAGGGGGGUAAAAGGUCUUGCAGACUUCUGCAAGCUAGUUAAGCACUUUUAGGCACACUGUGUGUAUUCCUCUAUGGCUGAUCUAUUUGCAAAAUUUAAAAAAAUUAAAAUCAUUAUCCAAGAAUUUAGAAAAAUACUUCAUAAGAGAGAUCGCUCUAAAUAUUUUUUGUUUGCUAUUUUUUCAACAAAUGCAAAUAUUGCGAGCUUUUUCUCUGAUAAAAAUUGCGAGCUUUUUCUCUGGUUGACGCUAAUCGAAUAAUUUAAAUUAGGGACCAUCGAACCAAAAAAGAAAAAUGUUAGACCCCUUUCCCCCUUGAUGCAUCUAACCUUUUUGGGCAGCACAAAUAUGGAGGGGCGGCAUAUACAAAUAUAUUGCACUCAUUUUUGAUAGUUGUUUCCUACAAUUGUGCAUGUUAGUGUCUAAAGGGAAAACAAAUUGAAAUUCAAUUUUCUUUAAGGUAGCAUUUAGACCGCUUUUUCCCCCCCCACUAAUGUGGGGUUGGGGGGGGGGGCAUUAAAGCAAUUUAGGUCAUUGGUGCAUGGGGUAAAAAAGACAUCUUGGAAGCACUGUCUGUAAGAAUAUUAAAGUUGUCUCAUUGGUUCCCCCACUUUCGUCCCCCUAGUUCAGCUGUAGGUUAAGUCCAAAGAAAUAAUUGGGUCACAAAUUACGUCACAUAGUAUGACAAUAAAUAACAAUUUUUGCUGUUAUUUAUUUUAAGACUUAAAAAAAAAAAAUUUAAUAUGGAUUCCACAGAUUUUUGUUGGAGUUAUUAGAGAGUGACAGACAUUCAGGAUAAUUAUUAAAUAUUAGAGAGUGACAGACAUUCACGAUAAUUAUUAAAUGUACAUACUUUCUGCUGACAACCCCCCCCCCCCCCCCCCCCCCCCUACCACAAACUAAAAAAAACAACAACCCCCCCCCCCCGUACACAUAAUAUAAAAAAAUCAUCAACCCCCUUCCCGCAGUAUUUACAUAAUCAAUGGAUGGACCCGUAUCUCACUAAUUUAGAAGUUUAAAUCUAAUGCCUCUUUGCUUUUUAAAAUCGUUUUUAUACUUCCUUGCAUUUUGCACUGUAAUUUUCCAUAUGCACCCGUGGAUGUCCACAGCGCUGGGGGGGGGGGGCUACAUGGGCAGGGGGGGGGGAAUGCAUAUUUUGUCCUUUAUGGACAACCCCUUUACUAUGUAUGGGUCUCAAAAACUUUAACAAAAACAAAACUAAUAAUUUUUUAAAUUUAAGAUAAUAUAAGUUUAUGAUAGUUUGUAUUAGCUUGAAUUCAUUUCUUGUACCGGUACUUGUUUUCAUUUAAAAUUGCUGUCUGCUAUUUUUUUUUUCAGAUUUACAAUAAUUUCACUACCGCUGUAACAUCAAUUUGGAAAAAAGAAGGAAUAAAGGGGUUUUAUCGGGGUUUGGUGCCCUCUUUAUUCCAAAUUGGACCACAGAUGGGAUUGCAGUUUGGGAUGUAUACCUUAUUUAUUGGUCUAUGGAACAAGGCAAUUGGCAUUUGGCCGACAUCACCUCCAGGUUAGAAAUAUAGCAGCAGUAGUAAGUUUAUUUUUAUUGGGACAAAAUUACAUGCACAAAGAUUUUCGAAGUCUUAUUCUUACUGCAUCACUUUCAAGCUUUACCCUUGCAGCCCAGAAAGAGUUUUGCUUUGCAUGUAAUAACAAUAUACUAAAAACGUUGAUCGACAUAGCUCUUUUACAUUCAAAUAAUCGUUGUUUGAGAGCCCUAUUUUAAUUUUGUACUAAAAUUUUGUUUUCAAGUAUAAGUGAUUUUUUUUUUUGGACAGUUUUUAAAAAGAACUACCUGUGAAAGCCUCAGAUAAUAUAAUUAAGUAUAAAUUGAGCAUUGUUAAUGUUAUUCAUAAUUUUAAAUUUUUUUUUUUACUUGCAGUGGCCCUAGAGUCCAUCAUUUGUGGAUCAGGAUCGGGAGCUAUUGCAAAAUUACUAGUCUACCCUCUGGAUGUUAUCAAGAAGAGAUUACAAAUUCAGGGUUUUGAAGAAGCACGGAAAAAAUUUGGAGCAGUACGACAUUACAAAGGCCCAAUCCAUUGCCUAGUAGUGUCGGUUCAAAAUGAGGGAGUGUUGAGUUUAUACAAAGGGCUCUACCCUAGCUUAAUAAAGGCCGGAGUAGUAGCUGGGAUAAAUUUUUGUGUCUAUGAAAAUGUCUGUAGAAUUAUUGCACUUUCUCAUAGCAUAGAUGAUAGGUAAUAAAUGAACCCACCCAACAUUUACUUAGAAAUAAAUGAAAUAACUAAGGUAAAUAUAAUUUUACAUGGUACUAAUGGUACCUGCAUUUUCUGAACUUUUGUAAGAAAAGAUUUAUUUAAUUUCAGAGUAAUUUAUGACAUUUCAACUCAUUUAUACCAUUUUUCAUUUUUUCGCAAAACUACUAUUUUGGAAAGUGAAUAAAAUGAUCUAUGUUUAGUGAAUCUUGAAUGCAUGACAAUUUAGAAAAAAAGAGAAGGAAAGUAAACUUUAUAAAAGUGUCUUUGCUGUGAUUAAGUGAUCAAGAAUGACUCAUUUCAAUAUGGAUUUUUCUGGUGCUAUUGUGACAGGGUGUCAGAAUGAUUAUUUAAAAAAAAAGAAAAAUGUGUUCUGAAAAUAUUAUUAUUUAUUAUACUAAUUCUUCUUCUUCUAUAUCUUAAGGGCCCACGAUCAAUUUAUUGAUCAUUUUGGCUCAUGUAGAUGGGAUUAGCAAUGUUUC